AUGCUGCUGGGCGACGAGGAGGACGUGGCGGUGACCUUCGUGGGCGAGUUUCACGUGAGCGAGCUGGGCGACACCGUGUUCAGCGGCAGCAACAUCGAGCUCGCCGUCGAGGACCGACUCCUGCUGACCCACGCGCACCUGAGCCUGCAGCGGGGCCACCGGUACGGGCUGAUCGGCGAGAACGGGGCGGGGAAGACCACCCUGCUGCAGGCGCUGCGUGCCCAGAUCGCGCAGGAGGACGCCAGCUUCAGCGUGCAGUACGUCGGCCAGACCGACGCCGAGCGCAACGCCGCGUGCGAGCAGUCGACCAUCGCUGCUCUUGCCGCGGCGCUCAAGACCUUCCCCGGAGCGGUUGUUGCGGUGAGUCACAACUGCGCAUUCUUGCUCGAAGUGUGCAAAGACCUCUGGGUCUGCGAGGGCGGCACACUCCGUGUUGAGAAGGAGACCGACGGCUGCCUCUUCGUGGACAACUUCCGCGCCUAUGCUGAACAGAUCGUGCUCAAGACUGAGAAGGAGGCGCUGCACGCAAUGCUGCGCAUCCGAGCAGCACGGGCAGCCAUCGUAGUGCAACAGCCAGGCGCCACAACAAGUCUGCUUGUAUAA